GAAUAGCAGUGCGCUGUCCGCCCGGAUUGGAGCAGCAGCAUCACGCUGACCUCUGCCUGGGAUGUAAACCCGGGCGGCCGCAGCGGGCAGAGGAAGGCUCUCGGCUCCUCCGGGAAAGCCAGCUCCAGCACCGGGAUCCGAGCGGUGCGCAGGGAGCCGCGUCAGCCUCGAUCUGGGCAGCGCCCAGCGAAGGCUGCGGGAAGCGGAGGGAGCCCGGCGCGGGCGGGGAGCGUGCGUCCGUUCGCACAGGCAGCGGGAGGAGGGGCGGCGCGAGCCAUGGCCGGGGACAGCGAGCAGACGUUGCAGAACCACCAGCAGCCUAACGGCGGCGAGCCCUUCCUGAUCGGCGUUAGCGGGGGCACGGCCAGCGGCAAGUCUUCCGUUUGUGCUAAGAUUGUGCAGCUCCUGGGACAGAAUGAGGUGGACUAUCGCCAGAAGCAGGUGGUCAUCCUGAGCCAGGAUAGCUUCUACCGUGUCCUCACUUCAGAGCAGAAAGCCAAAGCCUUGAAGGGCCAGUUCAAUUUUGAUCACCCGGAUGCCUUUGACAAUGAACUCAUCUUCAAGACACUCAAAGAAAUCACUGAAGGGAAAACAGUCCAGAUUCCUGUGUAUGACUUUGUCUCCCAUUCCCGGAAGGAGGAGACGGUUACUGUCUACCCCGCGGACGUGGUGCUCUUCGAAGGGAUCCUGGCCUUCUACUCCCAGGAAGUGCGAGACCUGUUCCAGAUGAAGCUUUUCGUGGACACAGAUGCGGACACCCGGCUCUCCCGCAGAGUAUUAAGGGACAUCAGCGAAAGAGGGAGGGACCUUGAGCAGAUUUUAUCUCAGUACAUUACGUUCGUCAAGCCUGCCUUUGAGGAAUUCUGCUUGCCAACAAAGAAAUACGCUGAUGUGAUCAUUCCUAGAGGUGCAGAUAAUCUAGUGGCCAUCAACCUCAUCGUGCAGCACAUCCAGGACAUCCUGAAUGGAGGGCUCUCCAAACGGCAGACGAACGGCUAUCUCAAUGGCUAUACUCCUUCACGCAAGAGGCAGACCUCAGAGUCCAGCAGCCGGCCGCACUGACCCCCGUCUCCUCAGACCCUGGCCCCGAUCUCCAAGGGACAGGAAGAGGGGGCAGGAGGCACUGUGCAUCUAUACAUAUGGUUUCCUAUGACAUUGCUGUAUUUAAGAAAACACCAUGGAGAUGAAAUGCCUUUUUUUGUUGUUGUUUUUUUUUUUGUUUUUUGUUUUUUUUUUUUUUUGGUACUUCAGAGCAGCGAAAUGAAACAGAACUUGACCCUGAGCUUAAAUGACAAACUGUGCCAACUACUACUGGUGAUGCCUAAUUAUGACUUCAACGUGUAACCAGUUAUAAAUACACAUAUAUAUAUAUAUAUAUAUAUAUAUAUAUAGAAAAGGAUCUAUUUUUGUGUAAAUGUACAAAUACUGUACAGCUGUUUGCCGUAAGUAUUCUGCAGGAGGGCCUGUACUUGAGUGUUUUGGGGUCUGGAGCUGGAGUUUCACCAAAGGGAAGUUGCCUGGUGGGUUCCAGGUGGGGCAGGUUCAGGCAUCUGGGAGGAAGGCUCGCGGCUCGCGGCUCUCAGUGCCUGUGGGACUCGUUGGAAGUGGAGUUUGGAACUUUUGAUCGUUUCCCCUGCCAGAUGCCACCUUCUUGGUGCUGGAGCUUUAGGAUAAUGUUAAUGAGAGAUCCUCUUUUCUUUUCUUUUCUUUUUUUUUUUUUGAGUUGAAAUUAGGCAAGACCUCAACUCAAAAAUUAAACUCAGGGAAGGGACCCACUGAGGGGAACGAAUCUUCUGAGUUUUCUUGCCCCUGCUCACCUCUGGCUGCUCGGGUAGCUCCACACUUCCUUCCUUACUCACCCGCUUCUCAGUCUCUCCGAAAGCCAGAGCUGCCUCGCUCUCCUUACCUGGUGGGGAUGUGACGGGGUUGCUUCCUGAUUGAGUGGGGAAGGAGGGAGUGGGACUAUGCCUGUCGUAUCAUCUGAGAUGCUGGCGCUUCCCAGAAGUCACCCAUGAGAUUCCUUGGGCUGUCCCCCAAGCUCUGGAGUGCACAGUGGACCCUUGCAGUCUGGGCUUUGGUUGAGGAGCU